AUGAACAUGCUUGUUGGGACAGCUUCGCCAUCAAACGCCUCAUCCGACGAAUCGACGACCCCCUCGUUGACCGUCGCAUCAACAGACCAUUUCGACAGUGAUUCCCGACCCAAGACAAAUCGAAGACGGGGCCACUUUAAAUCUCGUCUUGGCUGCUUCAAUUGCAAGCGUAGACGGAUCAAAUGCAACGAGAUACGUCCAGAGUGCUCAGCAUGCCGGCGAUUAGCACUGGAAUGCAGCUAUCCUGUUCAAAAUGCUGCCUCAACAGACGCCGCCCCGACAUCAGCCCUGUCCAUACUAACGAUUGAGGACCUCGCCCUGUUCCAUCGCUUUCUCACUGCCGGCAUACCUGCUAUCCCUCUUAAAUGUGAACACUUGUGGUGGGAAGUGGCUUCUAUUUCUCACAGUUACGAGUGCCUCGCGCAUGCAAUGCUCGGCCUAGGAGCUUCCUACCUUUCGCAAAACGGAGAGUCGAAAUAUGCCGUCCAGGUCCUCAAACAUCGCACCGUCGCUAUUAGGCUAUUCAAGGACUUGCUGGCCAAGAUGCCCCAGACUCCCGCCGAUGCCGACGCACUCUUCGCCACCAUUGGGUGCCUGCUCACUCAAGCUGCCUUGCUUCCAAACAACAUGGUCGAAUACAUGACGUUGCUACGGAUUGCAGAUUACGUUGUCCGCACUGUCACCCCAAAAUUCCCAACUUCAAUAUUCCACAUCUUUACGCAGAUGGGACACGUUGAUUCCCUAGUGACACUCGUUGCCGACCAGCCAAGAGACGAUGAUGUGAUCCAAGGCUUCAGAAACUCCAUUAUGCUACUGGAAGGUCUAUGCCAGUGGGAUAUCGAAAAAGAUUUGCUAGCCAAGCAAGUACGAUGUAUUGAUGCUCUAAGCAUAUCACCCCAAGAUGCCUGUGCAGCAUUUAUCGUCGUAUGGCUCACGCCAACAACCUUCUCUAAUGAAGAGUUUUCGCACUUUUUGAGCCCUGAUAAUGGUGUUGGCCAUAUCCUUACUAUACACAUAUUGCUUCUAGACUACAUCCUAGGCCAUUUCUGUAUUGACCCCUCACACAAGCCAAAUUUCUCUUGUCGUAAGGAUACCGUUAUUAGCUGGACAAAGAGUCUGGCCCAGACCCUUCCGCGCAGUUACCUGCGGUACAUGGAAUGGGCCCUUGGCUACUGCGAAAUUUUAGCUCAGCAAGAUGCCCGCUAUUUGCUCAGUCCCUGA